CAAAAUCUUCACCAUUCAUCAAAACCUAAUUACUCAGAACUUUGCAUGCAAAAUCAUCAAAAGACAGACACACAUGCAAAAAAUUGCUGUGUUUGUUCUGAUCUGACCACAGCAAGCUACUGCACACAUUUAUUUAAAUUUGAGUAUGAGCUUUUUCAUCAUUCAUUGAAAGCUUAUUAAUUAAAAAAUAAAUAAAAGAUGUCUGGACCCGGGAACGGACAAGGCCACGGGCCUGGCCAUGAUCAUCCAACAAUGCCAGCGGCGGCAGCAGCAACAACAACAGCACAACCGAGCCUAAUGAGACGUGCUUCGCGCAGCUCAGCCGCCACCACUUUUUCCAUGGAGGUUUUCGACAAUGAGGUUGUCCCUUCCUCCCUCCAGUCUAUUGCUCCAAUCCUGCGUGUUGCCACCGAGAUCCAGCCUGAGCGUCCUCGUGUUGCAUAUCUCUGUCGAUUUUAUGCAUUUGAGAAAGCACAUAGAUUAGACCCGAGUUCAAGUGGGCGUGGUGUCCGGCAAUUUAAAACAGGACUUCUUCAGCGUCUGGAACGGGACAAUGCCUCGAGUCUUGCUUCUAGAGUGAAGAAGACUGAUGCCAGAGAAAUUGAGAGUUAUUAUGGACAAUAUUAUGAGAAUUAUGUUAGAGCACUUGACAAAGGAGAGCAAGCUGACAGAGCUCAACUUGGAAAAGCAUAUCGGACAGCUGAAGUUCUGUUCGAAGUGCUUUGUGCUGUUAACAAGACUGAAAAAGUCGAAGAAGUUGCUCCGGAGAUUAUGGCUGCAGCAAAAGAUGUCCAGUCAAAGAAGGAAAUUUAUGCUCCCUUUAACAUUCUACCCCUAGAUUCUGCGGGGUCAUCACAGGCCAUCAUGCAGCUUGAAGAGGUAAAGGCGGCCGUGGGUGCACUACUGAAUACUCGUGGUUUAAAUUUCCCGUCUUCAUUUGAUAAGCAAAGUAAAUCAGGGAAUUUGGAUGUUUUAGAUUGGCUGAGGGCCAUGUUCGGAUUUCAGAGUGACAGUGUCAGGAACCAGCGGGAACAUUUAAUUUUGCUGCUUGCCAACAUGCACAUUAGGCUGCAUCCCAAGCCUGAGCCACUUAACAAGCUGGAUGAUCGAGCAGUUGAUGCUGUAAUGACCAAACUAUUUAAAAACUAUAAAACAUGGUGCAAGUACUUAGGGAAAAAACACAGUUUACGGCUCCCUCAAGGACAACAAGAAGUUCAACAACGAAAGAUUCUUUACAUGGGCCUUUAUCUUCUGAUUUGGGGUGAAGCAGCUAAUGUGCGCUUCAUGCCAGAAUGCCUAUGCUAUAUUUUCCAUAAUAUGGCUUAUGAACUUCAUGGUCUGUUGGCGGGAAAUGUCAGCAUUGUGACUGGUGAAAACAUCAAGCCUUCUUAUGGAGGAGAUAAUGAGUCUUUCUUGCGGAAGGUCAUAACUCCCAUUUAUCGAGUAAUUGACCAGGAGGCCAAAAAGAGCAAAAACGGAAAAGCUUCUCACACAGCUUGGUGCAAUUAUGAUGAUUUAAAUGAGUAUUUUUGGUCAUCUGAUUGCUUUUCGUUGGGUUGGCCGAUGCGUGAUGAUGGCGAUUUCUUUAAAUCAACACGGGACACACAUGGUAAACACGGUUCACAAAAAAAUCCUGGAACCUUAGGAAAGUCAUAUUUUGCUGAGACCCGUUCAUUUUGGCAUAAUUUUCGAAGCUUUGAUCGUUUGUGGACAUUUUUUAUUCUGGGAUUACAGAUUUUGUUUAUUGUGGCAUGGCCUGAAAAACCAUUAAACAAAGUUUUCACCAGUAGAGUCUUAUACAAAAUGUCCAGCAUUUUCAUCACUGCAGCCUUACUUCGCUUUUUACAGAGUGUGCUGGACCUAAUACUGAACUUCCCUGGGUAUCAUAGAUGGAAAUUCACCGAUGUCCUCAGAAACAUUCUUAAGGUCAUUAUUAGCCUGGCAUGGUCCAUCGCUCUUCCCGUGUGUUAUUUUCGACCAAAGAACUCAGUGAAUAUUGGAUCAUUUCAAGACUAUUUGUCAAACUACGAUCAGUUCAACAGCAUUCCUCAAUUAUACAUCUUAGCUGUGUGUUUGUAUUUAGUUCCAAAUGCUCUGGCAGCUUUGUUGUUUAUAUUUCCAAUGUUGAGGCGAUGGAUUGAGAACUCAGACUGGCUCAUAAUUAGGUUACUUCUCUGGUGGUCACAGCCUAGAAUAUAUGUUGGAAGAGGAAUGCAUGAAAGUCAAUUUACACUUUUAAAGUAUACCUUCUUUUGGAUAGCACUUUUAUGUUGCAAGUUUUCAUUUAGCUACUUUGUCACGAUUAGACCUCUUGUAAAGGCAAUAAAAGAUGUGAUGGAUAUUAAAGGAGUUAAAUAUGCUUGGCAUGAAUUUUUCCCAAAUGCCAACGAUAACCUUGGAGCUGUUGUAUCACUAUGUGCACCAGUAGUCUUGGUUUACUUUAUGGACAUUCAGAUAUGGUAUGCAAUAUUCUCAACUUUGUGUGGUGGUGCUAUAGGGGCUUUUGAUCGGUUAGGAGAGAUACGUACUCUGAUGAUGCUAAGGUCAAGAUUCCAGUCUUUGCCCGGUGCAUUUAACACAUAUCUGGUGCCUUCUGAUAAUGCCAAGAGAAAGAAAUUUUCUCUCUCUAAGAGUUUCUCAGAGAUAACACCAGAUAGGAGAAGUGAAGCUGCAAAAUUUGCUCAGUUAUGGAAUGAAUUUAUAUGUUCUUUCCGUGAAGAAGAUCUCAUAAGUGACAGGGAGAUGGAUAUGCUAAUGGUCCCAUAUACUUCAGAUCCCAGCCUUAAAAUGUUUCAGUGGCCACCUUUUUUGCUUGCUAGCAAGAUCCCAAUUGCAUUGGACAUGGCAGUUCAAUUUCGGUCCCGGGACUCUGAUCUGUGGAAGCGUAUAUGUGCGGAUGAAUAUAUGAAAUCUGCUGUUAUAGAAUGUUACGAGUCCUUUAAACUUGUCUUGAAUGCUUUGGUUGUUGGAGAAACUGAGAAAAGGAUAAUUGGGAAUAUCAUUAAGGAGGUUGAAAGUAACAUAUCCAGAAACACCUUUCUUACAAACUUUAAAAUGGGUCCUUUACCUACUCUUUGCCAAAAAUUUGUGAAGCUUGUGGAGAUUUUGAAAGCCGCUGAUUCUUCCAAGCGAGACACCGUAGUUUUGUUACUUCAAGAUAUGUUAGAAGUUGUAACCCGUGACAUGAUGGUUAAUGAAAAUCGUGAAAUAACAGAAUAUGGAAAUAGUAGCAAGGAUUCCGGAAGGCAACUUUUUGAUAAGAGUGACUCACGUUCUGCUAUUGUAUUCCCCCCUCCGGUUUCAGCACAGUGGGAGGAAAAGUUGAGGCGGCUGUAUCUCCUUCUAACUGUAAAAGAAUCUGCUAUUGACGUGCCAACAAACCUCGAAGCGCGACGAAGGAUUACAUUCUUCACAAAUUCACUAUUCAUGGAUAUGCCACGUGCACCUCGAGUGCGCAAAAUGCUCUCAUUUAGUGUUAUGACUCCUUACUACAGUGAGGAGACUGUGUAUUCGAGAAAUGACCUUGAGAUGGAGAAUGAAGAUGGUGUUUCAAUUAUAUAUUACCUGCAAAAAAUUUUCCCAGAUGAAUGGGAUAACUUUCUGGAGCGUGUGAACUGUAGUGAUGAGGAAGAGGUUUUCGAGAGUGAGGAGAAUAUUUUGCAGCUACGUCAUUGGGUGUCCUUGAGAGGGCAAACACUCUGCAGAACAAUACGGGGAAUGAUGUAUUACAGAAGAGCUCUAAGACUUCAGGCUUUUCUUGACAUGGCUGAUGAAAAAGAGAUACUGGAGGGAUACAAAGCUAUCACCAUUCCAUCAGAGGAGGAUAAAAAAAGUAAGAGAUCAUUGUAUGCUCAAUUGGAGGCUGUCGCUGACAUGAAGUUCACCUACGUUGCUACAUGCCAGAACUAUGGAAAUCAGAAGCGGCAAGGAGAUCGCCGUGCUACAGAUAUUCUGAAUUUGAUGGUUAACAAUCCAUCCCUUCGUGUUGCAUAUAUUGAUGAAGUUGAAGAAAGAGAAGGUUCAAAAAUACAAAAAGUCUAUUAUUCUGUAUUGGUAAAAGCGGUUAAUAAUCUGGACCAGGAAAUCUACCGCAUAAAGUUGCCAGGUUCAGCAAAGAUCGGAGAGGGAAAGCCUGAAAAUCAAAAUCAUGCUAUAGUUUUCACUCGAGGGGAAGCUCUUCAAGCCAUUGAUAUGAACCAGGAUAAUUACUUGGAAGAAGCUUUUAAAAUGCGGAACCUGCUAGAGGAAUUUAAUGAGGAUCAUGGAGUGCGUCCACCUUCAAUUUUGGGUGUUCGUGAACAUAUUUUCACUGGAAGUGUUUCUUCUUUGGCCUGGUUUAUGUCAAAUCAAGAAACAAGUUUUGUGACCAUCGGUCAAAGAGUUCUUGCUAGACCACUAAAGGUUCGGUUCCACUAUGGGCAUCCUGAUGUGUUCGAUAGAAUUUUCCAUAUUACCCGUGGAGGUAUCAGCAAAUCUUCUAGGGGCAUAAAUUUAAGCGAGGAUAUUUUUGCAGGUUUCAAUUCAACACUGAGACGUGGUAAUGUUACCCACCAUGAAUAUAUCCAAGUCGGCAAGGGAAGGGAUGUAGGGCUUAACCAAAUCUCACUUUUCGAAGCUAAAGUGGCAUGCGGUAAUGGAGAGCAGACACUUAGCCGAGAUAUUUACAGACUAGGCCAUCGUUUUGACUUCUUCAGGAUGCUGUCUUUUCAUUUUACAACAACUGGAUUUUACGUCAGUGCAAUGAUAGUUGUCUUCACAGUUUAUGCAUAUUUAUAUGGGAGAAUUUACCUAGCAUUGAGCGGAUUAGAGGCAGCAAUAGAUAAAUUUGCACGGCAUAAGGGGGAUCAAGCUCUGAAGACGGCUAUGGGUUCACAGUCUGUUGCUCAACUUGGUUUGCUGAUGGCCUUGCCCAUGAUCAUGGAGAUUGGUCUUGAGAGGGGGUUCAGAAGUGCUAUUGGAGACCUUAUUAUAAUGCAGCUCCAACUGGCACCUGUCUUCUUUACUUUCUCUCUGGGGACAAAGGUUCACUAUUAUGGUCGCACAGUUUUACAUGGUGGGGCUAAAUAUAGAGCUACAGGACGUGGUUUUGUAGUGAGACACGAGAAAUUUGCUGAGAAUUACAGAAUGUACUCUAGGAGUCAUUUUACAAAAGGGAUGGAGAUGUUGGUAUUACUUAUCAUAUAUCUACUAUAUGGUAAAACUGCUCGGGAUUCAGUAACUUACAUGUUCAUCACUUUCUCAAUGUGGUUUAUGGUAAUUUCAUUCCUGUUCGCUCCUUUCCUUUUCAACCCUUCGGGAUUCGAGUGGCAGAAAAUAGUGGAAGACUUUGAUGAUUGGUCAAAGUGGAUUAGUAACCACGGUGGUAUUGGUGUUCCAGCAGUCAAAAGUUGGGAGUCGUGGUGGGAUGAGGAACAGGAACACUUGCAGUCUACCGGGUUUAUUGGACGACUUAUUGAAGUUGUACUAGCUAUCCGCUUCUUCCUAUACCAGUACGGAGUUGUUUAUCAUCUUGAUGUUGCAAAUAAUAAUAAAGGCAUUGUGGUUUAUGGCUUGUCUUGGCUGGUUAUCCUUGCAGUGGUGGUCGUCUUAAAGAUUGUUUCAAUGGGUCGAAAAAAGUUCAGCGCAGAUUUUCAGUUGAUGUUCAGACUUCUCAAACUUGUCAUGUUUUUCGGGAUCAUAGUCGUUCUUGUUCUGCUGUUCUUAUUUUUGAAUCUUACUGUGGGUGACAUCUUCGCCAGCUUACUAGCUUUCUUGCCAACUGGAUGGGCUCUUCUACAGAUAGCGCAAGCUUGCAGGCCAAUAGUUAAGGGGUUGGGAAUGUGGGGGUCUGUGAAAGCUCUGGCAAGGGGGUAUGAUUACUUGAUGGGGCUGCUCAUAUUUCUUCCAGUUGCCAUCCUAGCUUGGUUCCCCUUCAUGUACGAUUUCCAGAGCAGGUUGCUUUUCAACCAAGCAUUCAGUAGAGGACUUCAAAUUCAGCGUAUUCUGGCUGGUGGCAAGAAGCAGAAGUGAGUUUAUAUCGCCAAUGGCUUAGCUCAUUACUCCUCAUUGGAUGUAGAAUAUCCAGAUUAAGGCUCGGGGUUUCUGGAUUAAUGCAUACAUGGAUUCUAAAUGAAACUAAAUUGUCAAGACACUGACACCAGCACCACCUCGCCCCAGGACAUCUCUCAUCACAACUCUCUGUGCAGACUUCACACUGCAUUAUUAUACAUGAUGAUCCAUCAUGUGCAAUUAUCACACAUCCCCGUAUUGGUUCAUAAUUUUUUUACCGGGGUGUAUUCAG